AUGAGAUGAAAAAUGGCGGAGUUACAAUUCGAAGCUCCGCUUGCGAAAUUUGAAAACGAAGACUGGAACGAGUAUAAUGAAUUUCAAGGUGUAACAGACAUUCAAAACUCAAACAAAGACUUCGAAAAAAGAAAAGGAUUAGACGUAACCGAUAACGGCGGUUCAGACAAUUUUGUAGACACAUUUUCGGGAUCGCUGGAGGAUUUGGUUCAUACAUUUGAUGAGAAAAUCACAAAGUGUUUUCGAAAUUUCGAGGAGAAUGUUGAUACAAUUGCGCCAGUACAAAUACGAACUCAGGAAGAAAUAAUGAGUGAUUGUCAAAUGUGGUGGACAAUCACUGGGAACUUCGGUAACAUCCUUCCAAUAGACUGGUCAAAAUCCUAUGCAAGGGAGCUGCAUGCAAAAGUUCUGAAUCUAGGGGAACGUAAGGAAUGUGUGACCCCUAAUCUAGACUUGUCUGAUGAUGAGGAGCUGGCUCAGGCCUUUGACAUGCAUAACCUUAUUGUGAGCAGUCUAACCCAGAAUGAUUCAGACCAUGUAGAAACAGCAGAGGAAGUCAUCAGUGAAAUUGAGUGCAUGAUGCAGGAACCACAACAGGAGAAUCCUGCAGAGCUCUACCCUAUAGAGACAGUACCAUACACUACAAUCAAAGAUUCCCUCCCCUCCUACUCUGAAGCGGAGUUGAAAGGGAUGUCUAAUACAAAGUUGAAUGAGGUCCUUGCAGAGUAUGAGCUGAUUAUCAAAGAGCUGUCUGAGACGUUGAUCCGUGAACUGGCUCUGCGUGACGAAUACGAGUAUGACAAGGAGUUAAAGAACCAAUUCAUCUCUCUGCUCCUCACUAUACAGAAACGUCGUAGAGAGAGCAAUCUUGACAAAAAGAAGAAGAAAAACAAGCCAGCUCCUCCCACGUCUAGUGUCAACAAUAACCUUACAAGUCCGGACGGCCCCAAGACUUUCCUUACAACAGUAAUCCCCUACCACACAUUUGAAGGCCCACCAAGAUCUGAACAACUCCAAAUAUACAUUAAAAUUCUACAGGCCAUAAAUGAAGAUAGUCCAACAGUUCCUACACUUCUGACUGACUAUAUCUUGAAAGUUCUGUGCCCUACAUAAGAACAGUAUGGAUGAGAUAAGCACUCCAUAUUUUACAUGCCUAGCCAUCUUGUAUAUACAGCCAUGAUUUUUGUGACACUGCCAACAGCGUUUUCUCAGUGUUUGUUUUGAUUUCUGGAGCACUUCAGCGUGACUUUUGUGAUGUCGUUUUCAUGGCAGCUCAGCAAUCAUAUCCAGCUUAACUUCCUCAUGCAUUAAGACUGUACAUACAACAGGCAUUCAUUUGUACGCAAAUUAUCCAGUGUGCGAAAUAUAUUGUAUGUAUAUAUACUGCAUACAAAUUUGUUUGUAAGCAGAAUGGUACAAUAAUUGUACGGCUUUUAAAAGCAUUUUCAUCUUAAGCAUUGUCGUAGUUGUUAAGCACAGAAAGUUAUAUUCUUUCAAAAAGGUUUGCAAAGGAAAGUUUAUUUUCUCUCUGCUACUUGUAACUCUCAUAAUGGCUUACUACUGAUCAUCUAAAAUGAAGACACCAGAAAAUCUUCUUGAAUCAAUUGAAAUCUUAUUUGAAGUGCUCAAGCAGAUUUUUUUUAAUUGUUUCAUGAAUUCUUAUACAAUAUUAAGAAACCUUGCUUGAUUAACAUCCUAACAAGAUUGCUAGUACAGAUGAAAUGUUUCAUAGUAAAGCACUUUGGAAUAAUGGUCUGAAGAACCUAAAUACUUCUUUAGUUUUAAAGGAAUGUUAAUGAACUUCAUCAAGGUUUGACUUUGUUUAAGAAUUUUUUAUGUUGAAAUUCAUGUUUCAAAUUAUUUCUUUAAUUUAACCACUCCGUAUUUUCUUGUUAUUACAAGCUUUCUCUGUAAACUUUAAAAGGCUUGAUUAUUGAGAUUAAUAUUGUAGUAUGACCAUGUGGCUGUAUUAGCAAUAUGGAUGAACUAGGAUUGGCGAUAUUAACUAAUAGUCAUUACCUCCAUCAAUCACGCUUAGCUAUAUUUUAAAUCUAGUCCCAUAAAAAUGGAAACACCAACACCGCCAGCAUUGAAACCAUCAUCAGAAAUCAUAAUUGUUAUCUAUCGAUUAUUAUCCAAUGUUUUUGUAGUAUUGAAGUUCCUAGAUAAAUUGUGGCCUUGUAGACAAAGUUAUGUUAUAUGAUCAAGGAGAGAUUACAAGGAGUGACAAACAAAAAAGACAAAACUGGAGAAAAAUUUCAGUCCUGAAAAUAUGAUACAUGAUAUAUAUGCUGAUUUACAAGUCUUGUGGAUCAUAUUGUAAAUCGUUAAUUUUUUUUUCUGUUGUGGAAACAUAGCAAAAGCUUCAAGUGAUUGGCUUUUUUUGGUACAUGUCAAAAUUUCAGAUAAUUCAACAUGUUGUCAUGAUAAAGUAAUUCAGAUCAAUUCUCCUGAAAAUUAAAUACAACUUGAUCAAAGAAAAUUGAUGUAUUAUUGAAAAUCUUUUUGAUGCUGUGUUCACCAGAUUUGAAGAGAUUGUAAAGAUUUUAAGAGAAAUUAUCAGUAUUGUGAAAUUUUCCAAAGAUUGUUUUAUCUCUUCUGCAUGAUCAGCAAGAUGCUUGUUCUAGUAUACAGUUUACAUGAUAAGUGUUACACUAUUAGAAAUGUCAUGAUCGAUUGGAAGCUUGCUGAGGCUGUUGAAGAAUGCCAUUAAGUUAUGUAAAUAUUUUUUCCUCUCUGUGUUUGCACAGACCACAUGGAUUUGUGCAAUGUGAAGUACAUACUUAUCUACAAUACUACUUGUGUAUUUACUUUUAUCUUGUAGAGAAUUUAUGCCAGAGUACAGUAAAAUCUCAUUAUACUGCCACCAUUUGUCAGACAUGGUUUUGGCAGUAUAAAAAGGAUUUUGCAAUAUAUUGUGUGAAGGAAGAUCAUUAUGAUGAAUGGAUUGAGAAAGAAAACAAGAGAUAUACCCCCUUCAUUAUACCAAGAUUUUUCUUUAUGUAUUAUUUAGAGUGAAAAAUAAUCUGUACACAAAAUAUAUGUACUUGAUAUUCAAUAAUGAUAUUGUCAGCUAGCUUUAUGCUAUGUUAUAUAGAUCUACAUGUGUGUAUAUAUAUAUAUAUAUAUAUAUAUGGGCAAUGUGCAAAUAAAUAUUAUGUCUUAUGUAGCGUUAAUGUCAGUAAUACAAAAAAUAUAUGUAUACAAAUGUAUAUGUAUGAUACUUGGUCUUUAAAAAAUCAAAUCUGAUUAAUGUUAAUUUAACACUUUUUUAUAUGCUAGACUUUUAAUAUGUUUUUACACCUGCGUUUUAGUAUAACCAUAUCGUUUAUAUGUUGAUGUUGGCUUUAUCAUGUGACUUUGUUAAUUAAAUGAUAAUUUUACCAAAUUUCGC